CACCUUUACUUUUUUCUUGUUUGACAUUGAAUGUUUAUUUUUGAAAGCAGAGUUAUCCGCUUUGCGGAUUUCUUAUCAGUCACUGUAAAGUGAAGUUAAUGUAUAGGCAGAGCUAUUUCAGAAGACGAAACACUUAAAAUAGUACAUAAUAUGGCUCGAGCCGGCUUCCGGGUGGCUCUGCUGCAGCUGAAAGUCGGCCCAAACAAGGCGGAGAAUGUGGCAAACGCACUGACCAAGAUUCGUACUGCCGCUCGGGACAACGGUGCACGGUUGGUGGCUCUUCCCGAAUGUUUCAAUUCACCCUACGGAACGCAGCACUUCGGCCAGUACGCGGAAGAGAUUCCAACGGGUGAAACCAGCCGUAGCCUGUCCGCAGUUGCGAAGGAACUCGGAAUCUAUCUGAUUGGUGGAACCAUACCGGAAAAAGUCAGCUCGGAGAAUAGGGUUUACAAUACCUGUACGGUGUGGUCCCCACAGGGGGAUUUGAUGGCAAAGUACAGAAAAAUACACCUUUUUGAUAUCAACAUUCCGGGAGGGAUUACAUUCCGUGAAUCGGAUGUUCUCACCGGUGGUGAUCAACUGGCGGUUAUCCCUGUAGAUGGUGCAAAAAUUGGGAUCGGAAUUUGCUACGAUAUUCGAUUCGAUGAGCUGGCAAGAUUGUAUCGCAAUCAGGGGUGCGAUAUGUUGAUUUAUCCCGGCGCAUUCAACAUGAAAACCGGCCCAUUGCACUGGGAGCUGCUGGCCCGGGCUCGAGCAAACGACACACAAUCGUUCGUGGCGACGAUUUCUCCGGCCAGGGAUGCCUCCGCUGGGUACGUGGCAUGGGGCCACUCGAUGCUUGUUGAUCCGUGGGCAAAAAUCGUUGCUUCGGCGGCUGAAGGCGAGGAAAUUGUACUGGCAGACGUGGAACUGAAAACGGUGGACGAGGUGCGCGCUCAGAUUCCGAUUUACAGUCAGAGACGAACGGAUUUGUACAAUACAAUGCUGCAGGAAAGUUGAGACAAUGAUAAAAACAAAAUUAAAUAAACCUUGUUGAGCAUUUUG